UCCUGAGGCGGUUGGUCUGGGCAACCUGCUCCCUUGCUGCUGCCUUCGCUUCCCUUCGCCCGCUUCCCUUCGAGCGGCGCCCCCGCCGCGAGCUGCCUCGCCGCCCUGCUCGGUGUGGGGGACGCGGGGCGGGCAGACGGAGGCCUGGCUUGGCCUUCGGCUCCUGACGAGGCUCCCAGCCCCGCCGCCUGAGGAGAAAGCGGCAACGGCGGGGAGCGAGAGGCGGCGGGCGCCUUGAGCGCGAGGAGGACGGCAAGUACGAGGCGGCGGCGGCGCUGAGGUUUUAUAGUGCUUUCCUGAGCAUGAAUUCAGAAUGAAGCGGCGAUUGGAUGAACAGGAGUCACCUGUGUAUGCGUCACAGCAGAGACGUAUCGCCAGCAACACAGAACCAUUCCAACACCAGCAUCGUGUUCUUGCUCCAGCACCUCCUGUAUAUGAAUCUGUUUCGGAGACCAUGCAAUCUGCUACUGGGAUACAGUACUCUGUAACACCCAGCUACCAGGUGUCCACUGUGCCGCAGAGCUCCAGCAGUCAUGGGCCCACUCUCGCAACUGCCCAUAGUGGGCAUCACCAUCCCAACCCACCCCAGCCUCAUGGCAGCCAAGUGGUGCAGAGUCAUGCUCACCCAACUCCCCCUGCACCACCAGUGCAGGGGCAGCAACAGUUCCAGAGGCUGAAGGUGGAAGAUGCCCUCUCCUACCUUGACCAAGUGAAGCUGCAAUUUGGCAGCCAGCCUCAAGUCUACAACGACUUCUUGGACAUCAUGAAGGAGUUUAAAUCUCAAAGCAUUGAUACUCCAGGAGUGAUUAGCCGAGUGUCUCAGCUGUUCAAAGGCCAUCCUGAUUUGAUUAUGGGUUUCAACACUUUCUUGCCUCCUGGCUACAAAAUUGAAGUGCAGACUAAUGACAUGGUGAAUGUAACGACACCAGGGCAGGUUCAUCAGAUCCCGACCCACGGCCUCCAGCCCCAGCCUCAGCCCCAGCCCCAGCCCCAGCAUCAGUCUCAGCCAUCAGCACAGUCUGCCCCAGCCCCAGCACAGCCAGCACCACAGCCGACACCUGCCAAGAUCAGCAAGCCAUCCCAGCUACAGACACAUACACCAACCAGCCAGCAGACUCCCCCAAUCCCCUAUGCAUCCCCUCGCUCUCCACCAGUCCAGCCCCAUGCACCUGUGACAAUCUCUCUUGGAUCCACACCAUCCCUCCAGAAUAACCAGCCGGUUGAGUUUAAUCAUGCAAUCAACUACGUCAAUAAGAUCAAGAAUCGUUUCCAGGGACAGCCAGACAUUUACAAGGCUUUCUUGGAGAUCCUCCAUACCUAUCAGAAAGAGCAGCGGAAUGCCAAGGAAGCAGGAGGCAACUACACACCGGCACUGACUGAGCAGGAGGUCUAUGCCCAGGUGGCCCGUCUUUUCAAGAACCAGGAAGAUCUGCUCUCGGAGUUUGGGCAGUUCCUGCCAGAUGCAAACAGCUCUGUGCUUUUAAGCAAGACAACUGCAGAGAAAGUGGAGUCUGUAAGAAAUGACCAUGGGGGCACAGUCAAGAAGCCCCAACUUAACAGCAAGCAGCAAAGACCUAAUCAGAAUGGCUGUCAGAUCCGGCGGCAUGCCGCAACUGGGACAACUCCUCCAGUGAAGAAGAAACCAAAGCUGCUCAGUUUGAAGGACCCUUCAGUGGUAGAAGCUGGAAAACAUGGGACAGAGUCUCUGUUCUUUGACAAGGUUCGGAAAGCUCUGCGAAGCACAGAAGCAUAUGAGAAUUUCCUCCGUUGCCUGGUCAUUUUUAAUCAGGAGGUGAUAUCCCGAGCUGAGCUUGUGCAGUUAGUUUCUCCAUUUUUGGGGAAAUUCCCAGAGCUGUUCACUUGGUUUAAAAACUUUCUGGGCUACAAAGAGUCUGCACACAUGGAGACUUUCCCUAAGGAACGGGCUACAGAAGGGAUAGCAAUGGAAAUAGACUACGCUUCUUGUAAGAGACUUGGCUCUAGCUACAGAGCCUUGCCGAAGAGCUACCAGCAGCCCAAGUGCACUGGUCGGACUCCGUUGUGUAAGGAGGUUUUGAAUGACACCUGGGUCUCCUUUCCAUCCUGGUCUGAAGAUUCCACGUUUGUGAGCUCCAAGAAGACUCAGUAUGAAGAGCACAUCUACCGGUGUGAGGAUGAACGAUUUGAGCUGGAUGUUGUCUUGGAGACCAACCUAGCGACCAUCAGAGUCCUAGAGAUGAUACAGAAGAAACUCUCACGCUUAUCAGCUGAGGAGCAGGCCAAAUUCCGGCUGGACAACACUUUGGGCGGCUCCUCAGAAGUUAUUCAUCGCAAGGCAUUGCAGAGGAUAUAUGCUGACAAGGCAGCUGACAUCAUUGAUGGGCUUAGGAAGAAUCCAGCCGUCGCAGUCCCUAUUGUGUUGAAAAGGUUAAAAAUGAAAGAGGAGGAGUGGAGAGAAGCCCAGAGAGGAUUCAACAAAGUAUGGCGGGAACAGAAUGAGAAAUACUACCUGAAGUCCCUUGACCACCAGGGCAUCAACUUUAAACAAAAUGACACCAAGGUCUUAAGAUCAAAGAGCCUUCUUAGCGAGAUUGAGACUAUUUACGAUGAGAGGCAGGAGCAGACUUCUGAAGAUAACAUUGGCCCUCACCUGUCCUUGGCCUACGAAGAUAAACAGAUCCUGGAUGACGCUGCCUCUCUAAUUAUCCACCACGUGAAGCGGCAGACAGGCAUCCAGAAAGAGGACAAAUACAAAAUCAAGCAGAUCAUGUAUCACUUCAUCCCAGACCUGCUCUUUGCUCAGCGAGGCGAGCUGUCUGAUGUGGAGGAGGAGGAAGAGGAAGAGAUGGAUGUGGACGAAGGCUCAGGGGCUGUGAAAAAGCACAAUGGUGUGGGGGGUAGUAGCCCUCCUAAAGCCAAGCUGCUCUUCAGCAACACGGCAGCCCAGAAGCUGCGUGGAAUGGAUGAAGUCUACAACUUGUUCUAUGUCAACAACAACUGGUACAUUUUCCUCCGUCUCCACCAGAUCCUCUGCUUGCGGUUGCUGCGAAUAUACAACCAGGCCGAACGGCAGAUUGAAGAGGAGAAUCGGGAAAGGGAGUGGGAGCGGGAUGUGCUGGGUGUCAAGCGUGACAAGAGUGACAGCCCUGCCAUCCAGCUGCGGUUGAAAGAGCCAAUGGAUAUCGAUGUGGAAGAUUACUACCCAGCUUUCCUAGACAUGGUGCGGAACCUGCUGGACGGCAACAUGGACUCUUCGCAAUAUGAGGACUCUCUUCGCGAGAUGUUCACCAUCCAUGCCUACAUUGCCUUCACCAUGGACAAGCUGAUUCAGAGUAUUGUUAGACAGCUUCAGCACAUUGUGAGCGACGAACUCUGUGUACAGGUGACAGAACUGUACCUGGCUGAGAACAGAAAUGGAGCUACCGGAGGCCUGCUGUCAUCACAGUCAUCUCGGUCCCUUGUAGAGACAGCAUACCAGCGCAAAGCUGAGCAGCUAAUGCAAGAUGAGAACUGCUUUAAGUUGAUGUUUGUUCAGAGCAGAGACCAUGUUCAGCUAACUAUUGAGUUGCUUGACACAGAAGAGGAGAACUCUGAUGACCCUGUUGAGGCUGAGCGUUGGACCGACUAUGUGGAUCGGUAUGUCAAUUCUGAUUCUACCUCUCCUGAACUACGGGAACAGCUGGCCCAGAAGCCAGUAUUUCUGCCAAGCACGAGCAGUGUGAUGGAUUUUGAGGAGCAGGCCCCGCGAGCCACAACGUCCAGCCCGAUGAGGGAGGCGGGUGCUAAUUCCAGCAGGGGCUCUCUGCUUUACAGGAACUUGAGGCGGAUCCGCAAGUGUCAGCGGGGUCGGGAGCAGCAGGAGAAGGACGGGAAGGAGGGUAUCAGCAAGAAGCCCUUGGAGAACGUGGAGAGCUUGGACAAACUGGAGUGCAAAUUCAAGCUCAACUCCUACAAGAUGGUGUACGUGAUCAAAUCGGAGGAUUACAUGUACAGGAGGACUGCUCUGUUGCGUGCCCAUCAGUCCCAUGAAAGGGUGAGCAAAAGGCUGCACCAGCGAUUCCAGGCCUGGGUUGACAGGUGGACCAAGGAGCACGUGACCCGUGAAAUGGCAGCUGAAACUAGCAAGUGGCUAAUGGGGGAGGGCUUGGAAGGCUUGGUGCCUUGCACCACUACCUGCGACGCAGAGGACCUGCACUUCGUGAGCAUUAACAAGUACCGCGUCAAAUAUGGCACAAUAUUCAAGACGCCCUAAACUCCUGGGGGAUAGGAAAAGGUCGAGUUGUGGGUGCACAUUUUGUGCAGGUUCAUCAAGGAAAACAAGGAAGAUGCCUUCCUCCCGCCUCCUCCCCAGCCCCUCGCUGUUAUCUCCAUAACAACAGCCACUUCUGGACUAAUUCAUAGCUGGUACAUCUCGUUGCCCCGGGGGGGCACUUUUGGAAAUGUCCAUCCUGAGAAACGGAAGCUGGAACUGCUGCCCAGAGGCUGAGAUCACACACAUGCUCCAUGCCAUGAGGGGCGCUGAGGUGUCCAAGUCGCUGUAGAGAAGCCCAUCUUUCCUGUACACACACCAGCAGCGUUCUCCCAGCCACAUGGGCAUCAGUGACAACUGGGGGCUUUGAAUAGCCUGACAAGAUGUGGUGCGUUUGAACACCCCCUCCCCAAGAAGAAAAAGGAAAAAAAGUCUUGCAGCCAGAGUAUCUUGGUUGGGAAUCUCCAAAAUGCCCAGUCCCCAGCUUCAACAGGAGUAGGCAGCAGACUUUCUGGAACCUUCCAUCGGCUCUCAGGGCUCAGCAGUCCAGAUGGCGGAAACAUUGGCUCUUGAGUUUGCUGCCCCCUUCUCUUUUCUCUCCAGUUCCUUCCUUGCUAUCUGGGUGCCUGACUUAACACAAACCAUUUAAGAUCGGUCAGUCCUUUCCAGUGCCAGUGGAACGAUCGUUUUGUUUGGGGUUUGUUUUUUUUGUUUUUUUGAACCUGCUUGUUUACUAGUCUCUCUUAGUGCCAUGCACCAGCUUUUCACACAAACACUUCCUCUCACCUACACAGUACCCCUAUACAGACAACACAAGCUUUCACAAUAGCAACAACCUAUAUUAAACUGGUUUCCCCCCUCUUUUUUGUAAAUAAAUGUACAUACUUGUCAAAAAUUUUUUGUUUUUUAUUAAAGAAAAAGUAUGCUUGAUGUGCUAGUAUAACUAUACUAGCUUCUUGUGUACCUUAGUACCAGGUGGCUUCAGGUUCAGGUUUUAGUACCUACAGAUGAGAGUGACAGAGACAUUUUUAUUACACUUUCUACCAAAGGGAGUUAUCAUUGUAGUGCUUUGUGUGGAAACUUGUUCCUUUUUGUAAAAAAUAAAUAAAUACAAAAAUACAAAAAUAUUAUUAUUAUUAUUAUUAUUAUUAAUAAUAAUAAUAAUAAUACAUCUUGGUUCUUACCAGAGAAAGAUGUGUUCUUGCUGGUUCCCUCACUCUGUUCUGAGAGAUGUAUGGCUACCAAUUGCGGGCAGGGAGGCAUCCAACCCAACAAAAAAAAUUCUUCAUGGAAAGGGAAAAAAGGAUAUGCGUGUGAGAGAGAAUGAGAAUGUGUGUGUAGUGGGAUUACAUGACUCGUAUUUUAAGCAGCCUAUGUGAUAUAUGAAUGAUAAUAUAUAUCAGAAUUUUUAAAUUCUUUUUGUUUGUUUGUUUUGGGGAGAUUGUUUUGCUGGGUAGUUUUUUUAUUAUCCACCUAGUCUUCCAGCUCAGAGAAUUUGCACUUUUUGAAAGUGUUGCUGAGCUCCCUAGUUUGGGGUUGAUUGUGCUUUCUUGUGUGAUUCUUCUCAUUGUUGAAGAAAAUAUCCUAAAUACCAAACCAGUAUUUGAUAGAGCUGCUCAAGAGAGAGAGAAGAGAGAGUGUUGUGUGUGUGUGUGUGUGUGUGUGUGUGUGUGAGAGAGAGAGAGAGAGAGAGAGAGAGAGCGCACAUGCAAGACCAUAGGAAAAAAGAGGGGUGGCCUUUUGUGGUUUCACCAGUAACAUACACAAGCAGGGACAUUUUUUUUUACUAUAGAUGGCACGAACAAAAACUGAAGAUAUUAAGGUCUCUCUUUAACAAAAGUUGCUGUGGGUUUUGUAGAUGGCAAUGAAGCUAAUAUUUGUGCACUCCUCCAAGGAGGCAUUGGUUGCUUGUACAAAGUGACAAAACCAAGAGACCUUUAAAAAUAUGGCUUGCUGGUAUUUGUCUUCUCCCCAAAUCUGCCAAACUUACAUCUCUCCAGGUAUCCCAGCAAGUAGCUGUCCACACUCUCAGAACAGUGUUGUCACGGUCCAAGGCAAAGAAAUUAGAGAGGAGAAAAAGAGGACCUGUGCAAGUAUCUCUCUCUUCCCUGUAGCUUAAGAGAACAGUGUAGAGGCGCAGGUUGGGCCUCUGCAGUAAGAGGCAGGUUUGCACAGGGGAAUGUGACCUGCAGCGGUAAAAGCAAGGAGUGGAGCCCAGCUGGGGAGUUCUUAUGGUAUGCCAGCAAUAAGCUAACUUACCCAUGUCUCCUUCCCUUGCCCUUUUAAAAGAGGGGGAUGACAACACUACUGUGUCCUGUUCCAUUUUGCUUGUGCUGCUCCCCUGCUCCUCACUCUCGACAGCCUCUCAGAUGUACCUCUUCUGUGUAUAUUUAAACUAUCAGUUUAGACCUUUUUACCAAGUUAGAAGAUAAAACACUUUGCCCAAGUGUCAUUUUGAACAAGACAGGUAGAGCAGGGUGGGAUUUUUUUCUCACCCAGUGUUUUUGAGGGUAAGAAAAACCCCUGCAGCUGCAAAAUAAAGGAGGCCACUGCCCUUCCUGUAGCAGGAUUUCAGAAUUCAGCAUUUCUCUCUCCCCACCCCCUGACCCUCCCAACCCUGAUGUCUGACAUCUGAGCUCCAAGCUCCUAGUCCUGGCCUGUACAAAUAGCAAAAUACUUUCGUUCUUAUUUUAAAUUGCUUUUUGUAUUCUGUAAUGUGAACCUUUUUGCCACCUAUUCAUGUGAUUUCUAUACAGAUGUUGUAAACUUGACUGUAGUGCAGUAUUUCCAUUAAAAUAUCAGGGCUACUCGUGUA